GAAGAAGGGGAAAAGAAGGAAACGGCCAUGGGGAUCCAUAUCGUGCUCAUGCAAAAAGUAUCCUGUAGAUGCUCAUGGAAAGGUUCCAUGGAGAAAAGGCCGGGGUGCCAAGACCUGACGAUAGGGUCAAGCUCAAAGCUCGAUUCACAGGCAGCUUUGCAAUUCAAGGCUUUGUCAGAGCUCCUCAUGCUAGCUCGUCUAAGUGACAUGGCCGAAGAAAGAAACCCCGAGCCAUUAUGCUGCACCUCCGGUUAUUGGCAUGAACCACGGCCACUUGCUUUGACAAUUGUCAUUGAUGAAGCUGAGAUUGGAGUUAUCAGAUUGACCAAGUAG